AUGGAGCAGAUCGCGGUGGCGACCUACUCGCCAGAGGCGGCCGGGGACGACGAGGUGGACCUCACCUUGGCGCUGGCCAUCGGCGGGAGGCGCCGCCGGAGGGGACGGCGGUGGCUAGGCAGCGCCGAGUUCUGCCGGUGGAAGGGGAUGGAGGGGCCGGAGGAGGAGAGUCCGCCGCCGGUGAGGACCUCUCCGCCGGCGACGGCGGCGGCGGAGCACCAGAAGGUGAGGAUUAGUUAGGAGGAGGAAGAAGCACUACCUUCUCCCCGUCGCUAACCCAAAUUCCGACUCGAUUUCUUGCUCUGGCUUUCUCUCCUCUCUCUCGCAGUUCAUCCUGGUCGCCGAUGGCUUCGGGAUGGUUCCCCAUAGGACGCGCUUCUGGUCCUCCGCCGCCACAGCGCCGGCGGCGGCCCGAGUUCCGGAUCGCCGGGGGGACCUGGUCGUCUCCGGCACCGGCGAACCAGUGCGAUACGCUCCUCCGCCGCCGCUACCGCAGGUCCCCCCCAUCGUUGCCGCCACGGGGGACGGCCCCGACGGGAAGACGAUAACGGGGCUGCUGGUGUUGAGGUACAGAGAAGCGGAGGUCUCCAUCGUCUGCGUCUGCCAUGGGAGCUCCUUCUCGCCGGCGGGAUUCGUGAGGCACGCCGGCGGGAGCGAUCUGAGCAACCCUCUGAGGCAGAUCACCGUCUUCUCCUCGUGA